UUGUCAACACCAUAUCUUCUCUAUGUGAAAAUAUUUUUAGUAUCGUAUAUAGUGUUUAUUGUGUGACCGAUAUUUGGAUCUUACACGCAGUCUGAAAUAAAUAUCUUUUAAGCAAUUGUGAAAAAGUUUGUAUUUUUUGUCCUAUUUAGUUCACCUUAAACUAAUUCAAGUUCUAUCGGUAAUCAUAUCAUUGGUAUUUAUUUAACAAAACCUUUUGUUAGGUUUUUUGUUAAGUAGUUUUUUCCUUGUUUAUACGUUUAAAACAUAUUCCCCCUCGCCUAGGAUCAAAUGUAGGCGUACGCUGAUAGCAUUAACUUCCUUUUAAAACUUAGCGUGCAUUAAAUCUUAUUUGGACUUUAAUCGAUUAAAUGACAGGUGAGCUAACUGACGGGAUUUAAGUUGAAGAUAUUAGUAAACACUUGGUAAUCUGCGUUAAUAAUGAAGAAGAUGAAGAAAAUAGGGAGCGCGGUGUUGUGUACCUUAUUGUUUGGAUUAGUAGAUUCAUUUGGGAAAUACUUUCCGCCAUCAGGACCAAAACCCGGAGAGACAGGAAAAUAUGUUUACACCGAUGGAGAUACCUCUAAACACUGUUUGUAUUGCCCUGAAGAUGCAUUUGAGAGUACAGCCAAAAACAAACUAAUGCAAGAGCCUCUAUGUAUUGAUAAGUAUCAUGACGUCGCGAAGGAGAUAACGCCAUAUGAAAGGGAGAACAAAAAGAUACCUGUAUGCAAAAUUGGAGAAACGCCAGGUUGUGGGCCUCCACCGGAAGAACAGGAAACAGCAGACUACGAAUGGUACUGUGACCCCGGGUACAGCGGUGUGAAAUAUUCGGUUUAUUUCUCAUGCCUUCUGAUACAUAAACGUACCAAGGUGGUAACAUGGUCUUAUUAUUGCAAUGAAAGUCUGCAGUGGGCCAUGGAUUCAGUUGAUCCGUCUGCAGUGCCGACCUCAACAAAAGGUGACUCCAUUGACUUUGAAAUCGUGAUGAUUUUCGCCGCCGUCGUCGUGUCGCUGUUUGUUGCACUUCUAGCUACUGUGGCUUAUUGUCUCUGUCGCCAAAGACGACAAAAUGGUACUAGUACUGUUGAAGCGAGAACCCUGAUCGAGAAGCAACCAGCCCCUUGUAGUCCACCCCUUUGCCUUACAGGCAAUGAGACCCAAAGCUCGAGAGAAGCAAGCGUAUCAGAUUGUGAUAGCACGGAGAAAACGAUCACCGAAGAAGGCAACAAGGACAUGUCCUCAACUGAGCGAUUACUGCCGUACGGUGAAGAGAGGCAUGAACACACAGUUGGAUGUCAAACAAUAACUCACGGAGAUGUUUGUAGUCGCACCUUUCAUUCAGAAAGGAAUAAUGGAAGCCAUAAUGAUCAAAACAACACUGUACGAGCAGAAUUUCAAAAUUCGAUGACGAGUAAUCCUCUGACCUGUCAAUGUCCAGCCCACCAACCACGAAAUCCGCCAUCAGAAGGAAAUGGUACUCCUCACAGUGUGAUGGAGAUGAAGCCUAUUGACAUCAGGAACAUUAACGAUCUAAACGUAGAACAAGGAACAAUACAUUGUAAAGAUUCAAGAAGUCAACGGCCAAAUCCACAAGGUCAUAUUUCAAAUAACCUGUGCACAGAAUCUGGAUACUAUGAUGACGAAAAUGACAAGGGGCACAACACAGAACCUAAACAGAGAAUAAAUGAAAGAGUGAUAGACAGUCCGGAAUGCAUAAAUUGCGAACAUGUUCGGCGUCAACAAUCGCGUCAUAGAGGUGCUAACUUUGAUUCAUCCAAACAUCAUACAGCUCAGUGUAUAUCCAAAUCUUCUAGUCUGGUUAUAGAAAAUGAACUUGAACCGGGAACAAUAAAUCACCAUCAAGAGGUCUUAGAUGGAGAUGAAAGUUUUGAACUAGAUUCACAACAACUGAAACUCUUUAAGUUCGCAACCGAUGUUUCACCAUAGGGAACUCAUAGUGUGUUCUUUCUGUCCGUUUGUCCAUCCAUUCGUCAGUAAGUCACAAAAGGGCCAUUUUAUUUUGUUGCCAAAUUUAAAUAAUAUGGUUGCUAUGACAACCUAUAGUUUACGGUAUAAAAAAGUAAAACAAAUUUGUUCAUGAAAUUUGGUACAUCGAGGACAAUAUGACAAAAGCAGUUAUUCAUUCUUCCGUCCGUUCAUCCGACUGUAUAUACAUCAGUCAUUUAAAAAAGAUGUAUCGCAGAGAUUUAACAAGGCGUGGUCUUUGUUUACAAGUGCCCUUAAGAAUAUGUAUCACACAACUUAUACACAAAUGAUCUCAAACGGUUUUGGUAAAAUUAGUUUAAUAGUUGCUUUACAAUUGUAUUUCAUUGGUAGAUCUGAUCUCAUGGCUCCAUAAAAUGGCAAGCGAUUUACACAUGUAAUGCAUUGAUAUGGUCUAUUUAACGUUCUGUAUAUAUAAGAAUAAUGAACUAGAAAUCUAUUUAAGUAUUUUAUAGUUGUGUUAACAGUUUUAUGAGUUUAUGCUUAUAAUAUCAUUAGUGAAAUAGUUGUAGUACAUAUUUAUAUAACUUUAUAACAAAGCAAUAUUUGUACAGUAGAUAGAUAGAUCUAACACUUAUAAGAAUGUACUGUAAAGCAAUAUCUUUGCGAAAAUGUUCUGUAAAGCAGUACCAUUGUGAAGAACAUAAGUAAUGAAUGCCUUUGCGAAGACUGCUUUUCGUAUCGUGUACAGAGAUGUUAUUCACCAAAUGAUUUGCAUUGGGUCAUUUGUUCCGCAAAGCUGCUUUGAGAGAAGGUUAUACUGUAUAAUAUUGCAUACAUGUAUAUAGGAUAUAACCAGUAAUGUUAAAAUUAUAAAUAUAAUAUUAUUAAUCACAUUUAUACUAAUUUGUUAUUAAAAUGUAGCACGAAAUUAAAAA